CGCAUGUCUCGAACACUUCUCGAAAGUUACUACGCCUGUUUAUUGCAAAAAGUUUCGAAACAGAAGCGAAGCUAAGUCGUCGUAGUCCAUCCGACCUUGUUACUCGUUUAUUAACGAAGAUAAAAAUUACGAAAAUUGUCAACAAGUGUUUCUCGCGCGAAGGAAAAUGAGCAACAGCGACGUGUGGAUGCGCGACGUGAUUACAAGUUAUGGAUUACUAUCGGCCGUACUCGUCCUCGUGAUAAUUCUACUAUUACGAAAAUGGUCGAGUCUACAAAAGAGCAUUUACAAAGCGUAUUUAACAGGAUUCGAAGUAGAGUGCGCAGAAUUGUCUCGAGCUUACAAAAAGCAGUUGUUUAAACCGCUAGAACAUGUCGUUUCAUGUGACAAAGUAUUGCAGUCCAUGGGUUGCAUACGUUUACUUGAGAUUGGUGUUAAGACGGGUGAAAAUAUACAAUUUUAUCCAGAAAAUACACGUUGGAUUGGCGUCGACCGAAAUGUGAGAUUAGGAGAGUAUCUAACAACGGGACACCGUUUCUGGCCGUUUUCGCGCGUCAUUAUUGAACGUGUAAUAGUCGGUGACGGUAGUUCGCUGAAAGAAGUGCCUACGGCAUGUGUAGACGUGGUGGUGACAACAAGAACGUUAUGUUCAGUAACAUCCAUACAAUCGACGCUUCGAGAGAUACACAGAGUGCUAACACCGGGUGGUCAAUAUUUGUUCAUAGAACACAUACCUGAAAAUGAAGGAACCUUCAUACGAUGGAUACAAAAAAUACUAUCGCAAACAGGAAUAUGGCCGUCACUUUUUGGUGGUUGCUGUUUGAACAUUAAUCCUAUUGAGGAUAUUAAAAACACUGGCUUUAAUCACAUUACAUGGGAUACAUUUACUCUUGGUGGUGACGUGUCUCAACCUUUUCAUCUGAUUCUUUCAAAACAACACAUAUUAGGUAUGGCAGUUCGGUAAUUAAUUAAGAAAACAUGGUAACCUUCUUCUAUGACAGAUCGAUUUAAAAUUACCAACUGCAUUUACACUUAGACCAACACCAACUUUCGGUA